AACAAAAACUUUGCAUACUUUGGUAUUAAUUGUACUUUUGACAUUUUGCGUUUAUUACUUUAAUAAUAGUCAUUUUAUUCUCUGGGUAACAUUUUUCUGUUUCAAAAAUUACUUUUUUUUAAUUGUAUGUUUCCUUUUUUCUGGGAUCCUGAAGUACUCAUUUCUCUGUGCGCGUGCGUUUAGGGGGUGCGUGCUCGGAAAUAGUAAAUGGACAGUUUUAUUGCUGUUAAAUUCGUGCAACAGUGAAUUGAUAUUUCCCAUAAUGCCCUUUUCCACCCACUUCCCUGUUGUGACGUCACCAACAGAGGUGGGGCGUACAUGCUGUCGCUCCCCAUUUUUAUUUACUUCAUUUAUUUAUUUAUUUUGCUGUUGCGUCUCCCUCCCACUCUGAGGCGGCGUGUGCGGUCACCUGCGUGAUGUAAUCAGUGCGGAGGUUAAACGUGUCAGGGCGGCGCGCGGGCUCCGGAUCACGCUUCUCACGCCAACACUAGGCGCGAGAACAAUAGCCGCGCACAGCGCUCACGCCAGCGGCUCCUGGCUGCGGGGGUUUGUGCGGGAGCGAAAGGAGCGGCGCCUGCGUGAUUGCGGGGAAGGACACGCGGAGAAGAAGGCGUAAGCUGCGGGUAGAGAGAGAUAGAUCCACGCUGCAGAGAGAGAGGCGGAGUGCACGCGCAUCCAUCCGAGGCCUGAUCACCUGAUCGAUAUCGAUCAGUUUCAGAUCGAUGUUUGGGUCCCGCGUGCGUCUCUGAGGCGGGGAGGAUGGGUCGCGCGUGAGGGCUCCGGGGCCGCCGCGGCAGAGAGGUGUGCGGGGGGGUGUGAUAAGGAAGCGGCGGAGCUAACGGGGCUAACCGGAGCUAACGAGGCUACCGUCCAUUCUGAUGAGCCACAGACGAGCAUGCGCGCCCCAACGAACAGUUGACUUCUCCAGAGAUGUCGGGCAGUAAGGCGCUGAGCGGAGCUGCUAGCGGCGCGAGGCGCAGGCGGACGCGGUGCCGGCGCUGCCAGGCCUGCAUGAGGACCGAGUGUGGGGAGUGUCACUUCUGCAAGGACAUGAAGAAGUUCGGAGGACCGGGCCGGAUGAAGCAGUCCUGCCUCCUGAGACAGUGCACGGCGCCCGUGCUGCCGCACACGGCCGUGUGCUCUGCGUGUGGAGAGGCGGGAAAAGAGGACACGGUGGACUCGGAGGAGGAGAAGUUCAGCCUGUGCCUGAUGGAGUGCACCAUCUGCAACGAGAUCAUCCAUCCCAGCUGCCUGAAGAUGGGCAAAGCUGAAGGCAUCAUCAACGAUGAGAUUCCCAACUGCUGGGAGUGUCCCAAAUGCCACAAGGAGGGCAAAACCAGCAAGGACCAGGCCGACGGGUCGGGGAAGCGCAGGAUGGAUAACGGCGAGGUGGGUCGAUGGAAACUCACCGAUGACCCUCCCCCCAAAAAGAAAACCCCCCUCUCACCAGAAGAGGGGGGGAGGGCUGAAGGGGGCCACAAGAGGAAGAAGGAGCAGCAGCCGGACAGCGGUCCUAAGAAGAAGAUGAAAGGUGGACACGAAAAACGUCUGAAAAAGAAGCCCAAACACGAGCCUGGGGAGUCCAACGGGCUCCUCUUGUCUCCUGCGGGAUCUUCUGGAGGAGUCCCGGGGUCUUCUAGCUCCUCCUCUCAGACAGGGGGGGCGGGGACAUCCAGCGCCGACCAGCGCUCCUAUCACCGCGAAAAGCUGGAGCGCUUCAAGAGGAUGUGUCUGCUGGAGCGCCGUCCCGAAUCCUCCUCCUCCUCCUCCUCCAGCUCCGAGUCCGACUCGGAGUCCGACUCAGACAUUUCCCUGAGGGGAGAGCAGGGGGGCGGUUCUUCGCCGUCAUCCGCCUCUCCGAUCCCGCCCUCCACCGUCUUUAGCGGCAGUAACGCGGGGCGAGCAGAGAGAGACCGGGGCCGCGCCGAGCGCGACCGGCGCCUGGCAGAACUGGGCUUCAGCGCCAGUGAGGAGUCUGAAGGUGAGGCGGGAAGAGGGGAGGAUGACGAAAGGGAGGAGGAGCCAGCAGAUGGGGGCGGGGACAAAGCCCGGAGGAGAGGGGGCGGUGAGGUGCCUUCACGUGGGCGGAAAUCAGGGAUGAUGGAGGAAGAGGAGGAAGACCCGCCCACCUCUGAGAGGGUGAGAAAAAACUCCUCCUCCUUCCCCCCUCCUUCACCACUCUCCUCCAAUCAGCAGCCUCUAUCCUCCAAGCAUGACGGCUUCAUGGCGAAGCCGCGGAGCAACGGACAGGAAGCCCGAAACGCACGGACUCGAGGGGGAGGGGGGAAGGAGGGUGGGGAAAAAGAAAAUGCCAGCGGAGCUCUGACCAAUCACAGACAUGCAGGAGGAGGCGGAGCUAAGGGGAGCCGCAGCAUCAAAAUCCGGAGCAACAACAGAAACUUGGUUUCUAAGAACAGCGCCUCCAUCCCCUCCUCGAAUGGGGCGGGGGCUUUGGGCAGCGGCCUCAUCAUGUCGGCGAUGGCGGCGUCGCCCUGCUCGCAGCCGUCACGCCUGGCGCCACGCUCACAGAUGAUGAAGCGCAGUCCGCCCGCCGUGCCCUCGCCACCACGGCCAAUCCAGAUGGAAAGGCACCUGGUGCGCCCCCCCCCGGCCUGCCCCGAGCCCAGCUGCCUCCCCCUGGACUGUGGCUCCGCCCACGUCAUCACGCGGGACGUGUGGCUGCGAGUCUUCACCUACCUGAGCCAAACGGAGCUGUGCGUGUGCAUGAGAGUGUGCCGCACCUGGAGCCGCUGGUGCUGCGACAAAAGGCUGUGGACCCAGAUCGACCUGAGCCGCCAGCGCUCCAUCACCCCCCCCAUGCUGAGUGGGAUCAUCCGCCGGCAGCCCGUGUCCCUGAACCUGGGUCAUACCAACAUCUCCAAGAAGCAGCUGAUGUGGCUCAUUAACCGGUUACAAGGUCUCCAGGAGCUGAACGUGUCGGGCUGCGCCUGGCCCGCCGUGUCCGCCCUGUGUCAGGCGCUCUGUCCCUGUCUGAAGCUCCUGGACCUCAGCAGGGUGGAGGACCUGAAGGACUCUCACCUGCGGGAGCUGCUGCUGCCCCCUGCUGACACCAGGACAGCUCAUGGUGAGGGAAGGGCGGGGCGGUUCCAGAACCUGUCGGAGCUGCGGCUCUCCGGAUUGGACCUGAGCGACUCCUCGUCCCGCCUCCUGGUGCGCUACACCCCCCAGCUGAGGCAGCUGGACCUGAGCCACUGCGCCAACAUCACUGACCAGACGGUGCUGGCCCUCACCUCCCCCCUGUCCCCCCUCAGGGACAGCCUGACCCACAUCAGCCUGGGAGGUUGUUCCAAGUUGACGGAGCAGAGCGUUCUGCUGCUGCGGCGCUGCCCCUCCCUGCGUACGGCGGACCUGCGCUGCUGCCAGCUGCUCCCCGCCGACGCCGCACAGCUCCUCUCCUUCCCCCCCCACAUCAGCUCUCCUGUGGACGGGACCCUCCUCAAAAACACCUAAAACCCUGUUUACCUGACACUUGGGCCAAAGCCACGCCCCUUUUACACUACAGCUGCAUGAGCAGGUGUACAUACCUGUCCUCCAGACAGGAGGGCGUGUGUAAAUACUGCAGUUUCAUGGCUCCGCCCCUUCUUCCUGCUGCUGGCCAAUCAUCAUUUAGCUGUUGUGGUCUGAAGCUGCACCGACGAUGCGUCACAGAUGUGUUUAGUUUAUUUAAACGGAGCUUCACAGGAAACUCCUCCCACUCACAGCUAACUGGACUCGUGGGGGAGGGGCUGCAGCGGGGGGGACACCCGAUCUGGUUCUGCUGGUUCUGCCGGUCCGAUGGACGAUCGUCGUCAUCCAACGUUCAGAUCGCAUUUUCUCAGGAUUGUUUUUGAUUAUUUAUUUAUUGUUGCCCCCCCCCUCCCACGGCUAACAGACGAGGCUCCGCCCACUCCUGCCUCAACACUCCCGGGGUGGGUGAUGCUGCCCAUCCUUGUGGGGGGGACGGCAGGCAGGGGGCGGAGCCAUUUCCCAUGAUGGCUCAGAUUUCACACCUGGACGCCAACGUGUCCGCUGUGAUGUCAUCAGGCUGUGGAGCCCCCCCCAUUCCAGUUUUUGGUUUUACUGAUGAUCUUUUCUUACCUUGAGCCUCUCAUGCUUUGACCUUUUGACCUGCUGCUGGAUCUUUGUUUUUGUUUACAUUCUCCUGACCCCCAAACCUUGGGUAGGGGGGGUCAGGUCACGCUGUUAAGGGUUUGGGGGGGGGCAUUCAUGCACUUCUUGUACUGCAGAAAUGCCUGCAAAUCCUCGCUGUGUCAUGAAUGCAGCACAGCAGCCACUAUUUGUUUGUUUGUUGUUGUUUUUGUUGAAAUGUUUGUUUUAUUGUCCUGCAGAGCAGCAGGCAGACAUUUCUGAUCUCUGUCAAGUCCUGCAGGGAUUCAAAGAUGCACUGGACCCGCCUCUUCCUCUUCCUCCUCUUGCUCCUCCUCAUCUUGCUCCUCCUCAUCUUGCUCCUCCUCCUCCCCCUCCUCUUCCUCCUCUUCCUUCUCCUCCUCCUCC